UGGAAAAGAAACUCCAGGCUGGGCUAAAUCAGCCUUUGUCUCUAGGAGCAGGAAAAUGAAUCCACCCACCAGGGUCCAAGAGCAUCCUCGUUUUGCUGGCUCCCGCAGGCAUGCCAGCGGAGACGGGACCAGAGCCUUCGCAGACCUGCGCACCCAGGACCGGGAAAAUGACGCUUCUGCUCGCGGGUGUAACGCUGGUGUCCACCUUUGGAUCGUCUUUCCAGUACGGUUACAAUGUCUCCGUGAUCAACUCUCCAGCUGUGAUCAUGCAAGAGUUUUACAAUCAAACCUACCUUGACAGGAAGGGCAUCCCAAUGGAGAGCAGCUUCCAAACGCUGCUCUGGUCUCUCACAGUGUCUAUGUACCCACUCGGAGGUUUCUUUGGGUCCCUUAUGGUCGGCCCUCUGGUGAACAAAUGUGGCAGAAAGGGCACUUUGCUGAUAAAUAACGUCUUCUCCAUUGUCCCCGCCAUCCUCAUGGGAACCUCCAAGGUGGCAAAGACCUUUGAGGUGAUCAUCCUCUCGCGAAUCAUCGUGGGAAUAUGCGCUGGCCUGUCUUCCAAUGUCGUUCCCAUGUACCUGGGAGAGAUGUCCCCCAAAAACCUGAGAGGUGCGGUCGGGGUGGUGCCCCAGCUCUUCAUCACCAUUGGCAUCCUUAUAGCUCAGAUCCUGGGUCUUACUAACAUCCUUGGAAACGUUGAAGGCUGGCCGGUGUUACUAGGGCUAACUGGGAUCCCUGCAGUGGUGGAACUCCUUCUGUUGCCCUUCUUUCCUGAGAGUCCCAGGUACCUACUGAUACAGAAGGGCAAUGAAGAACAAGCCAGACAAGCUCUGAAGAAGCUGAGAGGCUGGGAUGACGUGGAUGAUGAGAUCGAAGAGAUGCGUCAGGAAGAUCAGUCAGAAAAGUUGGAAGGUCGUUUGUCUGUGUUCAACCUCUGCACCUUCCAGGCCCUGCGGUGGCAGCUCAUCUCCAUCAUUGUCAUGAUGAUGGGCCAGCAGCUUUCUGGAAUUAAUGCGAUCUUCUACUAUGCAAACGAAAUCUUCAAGUCUGCAGGUGUGAAUGAAAACAAUGUGCAGUAUGUCACCGUGGGGAUAGGUGCAGUCAAUGUGUUCAUGACUUGUGUAGCGGUUUUCAUCGUUGAGUCCCUGGGGAGGAGACUUCUGCUUCUUGUUGGCUUUGGGAUCUGCUGUGUAUCCUGUGCUGUGUUAACGGUGGCCCUCAAUCUCCAGGCCACUGUCUCCUGGAUGCAGUACCUCAGCAUAGCCUGCGUCAUCAUCUAUAUCAUUGGACACGCUAUCGGAGCUAGUCCAAUCCCCUUUGUGAUGAUAACUGAAAUGUUCCUUCAGUCGUCCCGGCCUGCAGCCUUCAUGGUGGGUGGAUCUGUGCAUUGGCUCUGCAACUUCACGGUGGGGCUCGUCUUCCUUUAUAUGGUGGAAGGGCUUGGAGCCUAUUGCUUCCUUGUCUUCUGCGCCAUCUGCCUGGCCACCUUCAUUUACAUCUUCAUCAUUGUCCCCGAAACCAAGGGCAAAACCUUCAUGGAGAUUAAUCAGAGCAUGGCCAAGAGGAACAAGGUAGAAAUCCAGAUGGACAAAGAAAAGCUGAAUGAUUUCCAGCCCACCUUGGAGACACUGAAGAAGAACGAAGAAGGAUACUCCGUCAGUGGGCUCUGAACCGAUCCACGCUUUCAUCUUCACUGGAGGAGCAGCUUCCUGGCUGGACCUUUGCUUUUUCAUUCAAACUUUUUCUGCAUGUCUCCCACAGUGAGAGAGUUUCCAAAGAAGCCAGAGAGCAGAGUCACACUAGCUGCUCCCUGCCAGCACUAGCAUGAAUGUUGAUGGUAAUGUUUGGGUUUAGAAAAUUUAUCUCCUUUCUCUGCAUUCACAGGUUGAGCUAACUGGGGACCCUAACUCUCAGGCACCAAACAUUGUCACUUAAUGCUUAAGUAGCAUGUCCAAAAUGCACUGUAAACUAGUCCAAAUUCUGAAGAGGUGGGUAUCGCUGUUCCUGCCUUCCAGAUAGGGAAACCGAGGCAGUGAAAUUUACAGUCAUUUGCAGAGCUGGGAUUAAAUCCCACAAGCGCCUGCCUUCCAGCCCUGCUCUGGCCAGUAGACCGUGCUGUCCCCUGGUGGAUGUAAGCUGCCAAUUCAAUGGGAGCAGCAUAACUCUCAUACGAAACAAAACAAAAAAAUACCAAGAGAAUGGUACAAUGAAAGCUCUGGGGGCUGGGUAGAGAGUGGGUCAGUGCGGGGCCCUGGGCCACCCUCAGGACCUGCUUUGUGCAGCUGCCUUAGGGCCCAUCCAGCAGCAAGAGAGACCCCGCUUGGGAUGCAGUGUGGGGCAUCCAGACCUGGCUGCACAGAAGGGGGAGAGCCCUUGCCAUAAGGCUAACACCCUGCCCCUGCAUCCCUGCUGCCAUGGGACACGUGGGGUUAUUGCCUUGGUGGUCCCUCUGGCAAAUUUGACUCUUUGGGCCUCUGUAACAUCACAUAACAUUGUGCAGUGACGUGGCCGGGAGCGGCGCCACCGUGAUACAGGGUCCGCGCCAUGGUGCCAAGUGUGACUUCCCAGCAAAGGAGCAAAUGCAGCUCCUCCUCCUCCCUCCCCCUGCUACUCUGGGUGUUUUUGCACCCCCGGGU